AUGGAGGCAGGAGAAGAGCAGCCUCUCCUUGUUGACGGGUGUCCUGUGCUCGGUCUGCCCUCUGAAAUGGUGGUCACCAUCUUCAGCCACAUGGAGCACGAGGACCUGCUCUGCGCUGCCCGGGUGUGCCGCCGGUGGAAGAAGCUGAGCGAGGAGGGCGCCUUGUGGAAGGAACGUGCGAAGCGGUUGCAGAGGCGUAAGAUGUUGAACACUCUCUCCACCGGUCUCACCGACAUCACCAUCUCCAUGUGGGGAGGACGAAACUUGGUGCUCCGCUUAUGCGAUACGUCGGGAGCGAUGGAGGACAAGGUGCGGGAGGGCGAGUGGCCGUGGGGCUUUGCCAACGUCGACCUCUUCCUGUGCUGCUUCGAUGUCACCUCCCUCGCAUCGCUGCAGCACGUCAAGACCAAGUGGGCACCGCUCGUGCGGAAGCUCUGCCUCGAUGCGCCCAUUAUAUUGUGUGGGCUCAAGGGCGAGUACCGAUACCUCAUCGAGGGGGACCAAGACGAUGAACACGCCUUUCGUUCCGAUUGGGCCAUUCCCGAGGAGGAGUGUGAGAGGGUGAAGGAAGAGAUCGGAGCGCAAUCGUACAUCGACUUUUCGCCCCUGCUGGGCGAUGGCCUCACGCUUGGGACCCUAUUUUCGUGUCUCUCCAUCGUAGUGGGCGUAGUGGACUCGGAGGAGGAAGACCAAGAGAGGGCCAACGACGAACCGUCCGAGCCGGAAGACGACAACGAAAUCGACAUUCUCGCGGACUUGCUCGCGCGCCAGGGCAACCGACGCGCCACCGCCGACUCCGACGAAGAGUACGAGGGGUGGUGA